AUGGUUGGACGUGCUAGAGGUCGUGGACGAGGGAACCAAGCCCAACACAUAGAGAUGGCUGAGAUGCGGCAUAUGAUGGAAGACUUGUCGAGAGCGGUGCAAGCCCUCCAACGACAAGAACGCGCGGAUGCCUAUAUGGAGAUUCCGGAACGCAACCGCAGACCCUUACACAUACCGGAAGGUGGUGGUGAGGAUGAAUAUGAAGACGAGACUGACGUCGACAACCCUUUUCAUGAAGCUGGAAACCAUGGUGGUGGUCAUCGAGGUGGAUUGGAAGAGCGGUUGGUUCGUGCAUUGGAUUUGAAUGGUGGAGGAAUUAAAAUUGAAGUUGUUGAUUUCUAUGGAAAGAUGCAUGUUGAAGAUUAUUUGGAUUGGGAAGCAAGUCUAGAGAAUUAUUUUGAAUGGAAGCCUAUGGCAGAAGAUCGCAAGGUGUUGUUUGUAAAGCUUAAAUUGAAGAGUACUGCGCUUCAAUGGUGGAAGAGAGUUGAAGAGCAACGUGCUUGGUAG